AUGGACCGGGAGCUGUUCAUCCAGCAGCUCGUGGCGGCGCUGCAGGAGAACACGGCGCUGGCCGGGGGCGUGCCGUCGCUAUCCCCACCUUCGCCUCCGUCCGGCACAUCUGCUGAGGCCGAUUCCAGCUCCGACAGCGCAGCGGAAGACGAGAAAUCGCCGCAAGAGUACACGGGUCUCUUCCUGUCCGGGGCCUUCUCCACUUCUACCGCCGAUAGCGAGCGACUGGCGCGCGAUGCGUACAUGCAACUGCAGUUUGACUUCCCGCAGGUCCAAGACGCGUCGAUUGAGGCCCUCGCGGAGCUCUACAGACGAGUGGCAGCGGAGAAAUCGACUCAACAAGAGGCAGCCGAGAUCCCUGUCACGGCCACGCUGCUGGAUGGCGUGGCGUUCUUGAACAACCAAGGGCCGUCUUCUGGCGCUGCUGGAGCUCCAAGAUCGCGCAGCUCAGAGGCCAGCGGCUUGCUCGCCGCUUCGUUGCUGCUGGUGGUGUUCCGGGAGUGUUUGGAGUCGCCAGAAGACGCGCGAGUGGAGACGCUGCUGCCGUCGUUGGCUGUGAGGUCUCUGCAGCUGGAUACGCCCAAGGAACAAGGAUUGACUGGAGCUGAAGAGAAGGAAGUCCAAGAGCAGAAGGUGGGGGAAGAUGACUUCUUCGUGGUGAAGUAUGCUGCUGAGGAAGACCCGGACGACCUGAGUGAGGUCUACGAGGGACACUUGCCAGAGCCUCGCCCCCACCGCAUCCCUACGUGGAACCAGCAGACAGCAGCGAUCUCGAAGGCCUCGACGGUUGACAAGCUGCGGCUCAUGGCGACGCACACGUUCUCGUCCUCUUUUCAGUCGGUCUCCAUGGAGAAGUGGGAGCAGUGGCGCCUCGAUGAGGAGCUUGUCGCCAUCAUGAAGUUGCUGGUAGAUCGGCCGCCGGAAGAUGAUGAGCAACGGAAGGGAAGCAAGCAGGACAGCGAGCCUACCACACUAUACGGCCCUCGCGGCGAGUGGAGCAGAUACUUGUAUGUGUUGCGAGACCGUGUGCUGCGCUUUCCUGGCUCCAGUCGCAAUGCUUUAUGGCGACUGAAGGAGCUGGUAGAGUUCCUCCAGAAGCACCAAACUGCCCCCACGGUGAUGAAGCAUCCACAACGCCGGGUCCAGCAACCCCAACACCUCGUGUAUCGAGUGCUGGCUGAGCUGGCAAUUUCGCGGGAGUUCCACCAAGGGGCGGCCCAGCGAGCACAACAAGGGCUGGCGCUGGCUAUUCAAGAAUUGCUGCCUCUCAUUGCCCAGGAGAUUCAUAAGCUUGCUUCAGUCCCGAGUGCCACCAGCCGCCUAAAGAAGAUUACCACAUCAGAGAAGGACUCGGAACGUGCUGAUGGUGAUGACGAUGACGACGGAGACGACGAGCUGGCAGUCGUUUUCCUGCAGUUGCUGCACUUUAUGCUGUUUGCAUCUCCCAACGCGCGUACCACCACCGAGAAGCUUCACGAGAGCGGUAUGCUUCGAACUCUUCUCUCGUUGUUGCCACCUACUCCAGCCAUCACCACAGAUAGCGAGCAGCAAUCCGAGUACCUGCAGAAGCGAUGGUUCCCAGCUCUGCUUCGCCUUCUUGGGGAGUGUGCACUUUGGCAUGCCGGCUUUGCCGCGUACAUCGUUCGAGUCCCCAAGUUCGUCGCGCUGCUUCCGAUGUUGCGCGAGCAGCUCGUGGCUGAAGUGCUGCUGCUCGCGCUCGCGUUCCACCAACACGAAGUGCAGGUCCGCGCCUCCGUUACUUCAACUACCGCGAAAGUCAACAUUUGGGAGGUGUUCACUUCGGAGUCUCUGUUUCCACAGCAGUGCGAGUCGUACCUCUACGCGAUGAAGAAGCUCCAGGAUGCUGUGUUCAUACUGGACUGCUUGGAGAAGGUGCUCCCGGCCUUGAGGCCCGCGAUGCAAAAGGAGCUACAGCACAGUCUGCAGCAGAUCUACUCGGGCUUUGCGCGGUCGUUCGAGUACCCGACGUUUGCUGCCGCGGAGGCUGCUCGCCAGCAGCAGCAGUUCGAGCAACAAGCGCUCGAUUCUGAAGCAAAGGAUGACGCUGACGACGAGAAGAAGGAGAAGAAACAGGAAGACCGUGGUCAGGCGGAGGCGUUGCAGUUCACAGCGCUGCGGAAUAAGCUGCGCCAGAGCGUUAAGUCGCUGUUGGCCGCGCUUUCGUCGGGCUCUGCCAUGGCCCACGUUGGCGGCCGCGCGUCGUCCAAGUUAGACUGA